UGAUGCAAGAGUGCCCCCACGAGAGCCGCAAAGAGUGAAACACAAUGUGCGACAACACGCUCAUCAGACCCUCGUCGCAGUACGUGAAGCUGAAUGUUGGAGGAUCUCUAUUCCAGACCACUAUUGGUACCCUCACGAAGCAUGACACAAUGUUCCGGGCCAUGUUCAGCGGACGAAUGGACCUGCAUACGGACGCAGAAGGGUGGAUUAUGAUAGAUCGCAGCGGGACGCACUUCGACAUCAUCCUGAACUUCAUGCGCGACGGCACUGUGACGCUCCCGGAGACGCCCAAGGGAGUCUGCGAGCUGCUGGCGGAGGCCAAGUAUUACUGCAUCAGCGAACUGGCGGAGUCGUGCGAGAGGGCGCUGCCGAAGAAGGAGCGCGAAACUGAACCCAUCUGCCGGGUGCCGCUCAUCACCUCCCAGAAGGAGGAACAAAUGCUGAUAAGCUCAUCAAUAAAACCCGUAGUUAAAUUGCUGAUCAAUCGCCACAACAAUAAGUAUUCAUACACAAACACGUCUGACGACAAUUUGCUGAAGAACAUCGAGCUGUUCGACAAGCUGUCGCUGCGCUUCAGCUGUCGCAUCCUCUUCAUCAAGGACGUCAUUGGCUCAAAUGAGAUCUGCUGCUGGAGCUUCUACGGCAACGGGAAGCGCGUGGCGGAGGUGUGCUGCACAUCCAUCGUGUACGCCACGGACAAGAAGCACACCAAAGUGGAAUAUCCAGAGGCGCGGAUCUACGAGGAGACGCUCAACAUCAUCCUGUACGAGGACAAGCACCUGCCCGACCAGGACCUAGUGCAGGCCACCAGCACGACCAGGGGCGUGGUGGCGGCGGGCAGCGCCGGUCUGUCUACAUACACCAGCGACGAGGAGGAGGAGCGAACGGGCCUGGCGCGCCUGCGGUCGAACAAGCAGAACAACCCCACUUGAU